UUUCUAUUUGGGUGUCAGUCUGGUGGAUCUUCGUCAGUGAAAACCCCUCGUACUCAAACCUUUGGCCACAGGGACCAGGGACUUUCGCUGCUGAUCCAAACAUAGAGCUGCUUCAGAAACACUUGGUGACCCUUGAGUUUUAAAAGGGCUUGACUUCAUCUAUACUGAUUGCCACAAAUGGUAAUAGUAGUAAGUAUUUUAACUGUAAGGACAUGUAGCAGGACAUUUGCGGGGUUUUGUAUUGCAUUUUCAGUUUUAAAAAUAGCCUUGUGGGCCUUUUGUCUAAUGAGUGUUUUUAUUUCUAAGGACAAGGAGUAGGUGUUGUGUGUGUGGACCAAUAGACCAGUAGGAUGGCAGACUUUGGGCUGUAUGGGUACCAGGAGGAGGUGGUUCAGAGGGCUCUCCGAGGGGAGAACAUCAUCAUCUGGCUGCCCACCGGAGGAGGAAAGACCCGGCUGCUGUAUAUGUGGGCCAAAAAACAUCUGGAGAAUAACCCUGGAGCUAAGGUGGCCGUGCUGGUCAAAAGGUAGGUAGGGAGGGGUUAAUAGAGCUUUGGACCUAUUUAGCAGUUUGUUUCAGAGAACUGGCCAGAUAACUGACCCACCUGUGUAAUUUUAUUAGGUAGUCUUUAACCUUUUGUAUGGGUGUGGGUUUUUAAUCCUAUACAAACCAGAAAAUAAAAGUUUUCCCCUCUUUUCCCCUGGAAACCAUGGCUACUGUUGUUGUAUUUGUAAGUUGCUCUGGAUAAGAGUGUUCUGCUAAAUGAUGCAAAUGUAAAUGUGAUGUAAUGUAGUGAACAUUUGCCAUAAUCCAGUCCGUGUAUUCGUCGUGGAUUCCAGGUCCAUGUUUUACAGUAGCCGGGAUAGUGGGAGUGAUAUACCAUGUGAACCAGUAAUGCCAGCAUACUUCUGAGUAAAGAUGAAUAAAGUAUACGAACGCCCCCGACAUCAGUUCUUAAAAAACAUAAGCAAUCUAAACAACGGGACGUUACAGUUGACAUUAUGUCUUCCAGGUUCAUUUGGUAGACCAGCACUACAACAAAGAGUUCAAACCCUACCUGGGUCGGGACUAUAGCCAUGGUGUCUAUCAGUGGGGACUGUGACCAGAAGGACUUCUUUGGCUGCGAGGUCAAGAACUCUGACCUGGUCAUCUGUACAGCACAGAUACUGGAGAAUGCCCUGACCAACCAGGAGGAGGGAAAACAUGUCGAGCUCUCACGUAAGUGGCUGCUCUGCUGCCUACCACAUAUUGAAUCAUGGUAUUGCUGUGAGGUAUGUGUAGUACACGCUACUUGUUACUGAUUAUUCAGAAGUUAGGUUGUUCUAAGAUGGCUCCCAGGCUUUGUUCCACUGUGCACCAGUAGCCCUUGGUAUCAAUCCCAAUUGACAGACACUACAUGAUAAAGAGUAUCUAUACUGUCUUGUUUUGUAUGCUUUGUACUAAAUAAUAAAAUGCAGGACGACAGGAUAUUUAUAAACGUAGCUCUUUAUUAACUAGCUAUAACUGGCAUGUUUCAUGUGUCUCUGGCCAUGAUAGUCUUUAGAAUGACCUCACCACCUGGGUGGUCUUACCCAAUCAUAGCACCAGUAUGAUAUGACAGUAUAAUGCAUCCAAUUACAAUUCAGUAUGCUGACACAUAUGAAUAUUACAUCCCCCUUCUUUUAAAAAAAAGAAAAAAUUUGUAGAACAAUAAAAGCGUUUCUAUUGAAUAUAUGCUCUGUAGUUUGAACUCGAGGUAAGUAACCAUUUAAACUGCACCAACUGCAUCAACAUAACAGACAGACAAUGAUUCAGCAUACUGUUACUUUUAGAACAAAUAUUUCUCAGCAACUCAGCUUUUCACUGUAGCAAUGACAUCUCAACAUAUCAAACCAAAUACAAUACCAAAGCAUUUCAAGUUAACUUUCAAUAACAAGUUUACAGUCUGGGGAAACUCUUUUAGGGCAGCGAUCCGCCUACACCCUUUGACAUUUCCACAGGUCUAGGACAGCUCUAGGCUUGACCUCUCUUCCUGACCUUGUGUGAUAUGAAGCUGAGCAUGCUUCUGUGUCAGUCAACAGUUCUUGUGGGUGUUGCAGGUAAGUAUGGUGUAUGUUGUGUGUGUCUGUGUUUAGUCCACCCCGUUCUCUUUCAGGGGAACAGUUCAUCUCGUCUCGUCAGUGUGUUGUUCUUUUGUGUUCAGUAGGUGACGACGAUUGCGGCGGUACACCGCUCCUUCUGCGGUGCGAACAAGUGAUAUGAACGUUCAGUGUCAGCUGGUUGGAUGACGACUGCUGGCUUCCAGUAGCCAUGCUCCUGGAUUCUAACUGACUCUCCGUCGUUCAGUGGUGGCAGUGGUCUGGCUGACCUGUCGUAGUAUCGCCUUUGCUGUUGUUGCCUCUGUGCACGUUUUGCAUGCACUUUCCUUGUAGCUGACGACCUCAGGUUGCAGCUGCUGGUUGGUGCUGGAAGGAUUGAGCGAAGUCUGCGGCUCAUCAACAGCUGGGCUGGUGAUUUGAAGUUGUCAACUUGGAGUGUUUGCGGUAUUCAAGGAGACUGAGGUAGGGGUCCUCUCUUGUCUGCUUUUGCUUUGUCCAUGAGUGAUUUAGCGAUCUGCACAGAUUUUUCAGCAAGGCCAUUACUUGAGGGUAAUGUGGGCUUGUGGGUGACGUGUGUGAACUCCCAUGCUUUUGUGAAGGAUUCAAACUCAUUUGAUUUGUAACAGGGGCCCAUUGUCAGAUAUUAAAGUCUCUACAAUGCCAUGCCUGGCAAAGGCUGCUUUCAGCUUGUGUAUCACAGCUGCAGAUGUGGUGCUGUGAAGCUUGUCGAGUUCGAAGUAUCUGCUGUAGUAGUCCACUGUUAUAAUGUAGUCCUCGUUGUUCCACGUGAACAGAUCGGUUUGCCACGACCUGCCCAGGGGUCGGUCUGGGAUACGGUGAGGUAAACAUUGGCUCUUGGUGUUCGAGGGGCGUCGUUCAAGACAGGUGGGGCAUUUACCAACCAUGUCCUCUAUUUGUUUGCACAUUCCGGGCCAAAACAAAUGUCCCGUGCUCUCUGUUUGCCACUUUUCCAUGCCCAUGUGUCCAGACAUGGAUCUUUGUCAAAAUCUCUUUUCUCUGAGACUGGUAGGAAUGAUGAUUUUCUCUCCUUUGAAAAUGAUUCCGUUGAUCUUGAUAGUUCGUCACGAUGGUUCCAGAACUCUGAGACGCUCUGAGGGCAUUUUCUCCUCGCCUCAGGCCCAUCCUGACUGUAUGACUUUCCUCAGCUGUGUGAGUUUGGUGUGUCUUUUUCGGUUUCUGCUCGGAUCUCCUUCAGUUUUGUGUCACUAACUGGUAAGUUGCUGUACACAGUGUGCACCUGCAUGUCCAUGCCUUCACUGAGGCUGCUGUCCUUGUAGGUAAGAAACUUCCUGGAGAGUGUGUCUGCGACAGGGAUGUCUUUGCCUGGUACGGUGAGUGAUUGUGAAGUCGUAUUUUUGUAGUUGAAGGAUCAUUCUCUGUAGCCUUGGCGGGGGCUGCGGCUAACGGUUUCCUCAUGAUUGACUCAAGGGGCUUGUGGUCUGAUUCCACAAUGACUUGUCGUCCAUAGACAUACUGAUGGAAACGCUUACAUCCGAACAGAAUGGCAUACAGCUCCUUUUCGAUUUGAGCGUAGUUGAUUUCACAGUCUGUGAGAGAUUUUGGAAGCGUAGCCGAUGGGUUUUUCCUUCUUGCAGUAGCACUGCCCCUAGUCCAUACUUCGACGCGUCCACCUGGAGUCUGAGCUCUUUGUUGGGGUCGUAGUAGGCAAGGAUUGGUCCUGGUUCUCUCGUGAUCAAGGUCUUUCACUUUCUGGAAAGCGAUGUCGUGUUGGUUGUCCCAGAGGAAACUCAACUGGACUGCUUUAGCAGCUGACGCAGGGGUGCAUUAGCAUUGGAGAGGCUGGGUGCGAACUUGGCUAAGUAGUUGACCAUGCCAAGCACUGUUUCCAGCUCUGCGCGGUUCUUUGGUGGCUCCAUUUUCCUUUAUGGCUGAGAUCUUCUGCGGAUCUGGCUUGAUUCCCAUUCGCUGUGAGAAGAUGUCCGAAGUAGCUGACCUCUGUAGCCCGACUGUGCUCUUCUCGGGGUUGAGCCGGACUCCUCUCUCGCGGGACCUUUGCAGCAUCGCGCUGAGGUUUCUGUCGUGUUCCUCUUUGGUUCGACCAUAGACAAGGAUGUCGUCCAAAAUUUGCCACGACUCCGUCGAGGCCUUCGUACACCUCGUCGAUCUUUUCGCUGAAACUCGUCUUGGGCUGAGAUAAUCCCAAAAGGCAGGCGACGGGAACCUGUAGCGUCCAAAUGGUGUGUUGAACGUUGUGAGGCUUAGAUGGACUCUUCUGUGAGCUUGAUAGCCCAGUAGCCUGAUCUGGACAUGACACUGAAGUAGCGUGCGCCCGCUAGCUUGUGUGUGAUGCCAUCUAGCGUCGGUUAAGGGGUAAUGGGGCGUUUGAUAGCCUUGUUCAAGUCUUCUUGGGUCGAGACAUACUCUGAGCUUGGCCAUGUGCGUGGUUUCUCCCCCACCACUAACGCGUUGACCCAAAACCGCGGUUCUGUAAACCCUUGGGGACGAUGUCAGAUUGCUCCAUGCUCUCCAACUCUUUCUUCAGACGGGCGCGGAGAGCAAGUGGAAUCUUUCUCGGUGGGUAGACCACAGGGGUUCGUCUGGGUCAAGUGAAUGGUACAUUCUCCUGGGAAUAGUCCUAUUCCUGUAAAACAUCGCAAACUCCUCCAUGACAUUCUCUAUCUCACUGGUGCUGUCACUGAUAAAAACUAGCUUGAUAAGGUCCCUGGUCUAAACAUGCUUUAAGACCUAGCACUGCAGGUGCUCGAGUGUCAAAAAAAGUAAAAAUCCCAACAUCAUGUCCCUUUCCUUGUUUUGCAUUUGAGAGUGAUGUGCCUUUUAUAGGAGCUGUUCACCACCAUAACCCGUCAGUCUGCGUGUGGUGGGCUUUUAGCUCACACUCAGAUGUCAAGCUUCUGUACUUACUCAGAGGAAUAAUGUUUUACUUGUGUACCAAUGUCUAGUUUUAAUUUUAGCUCUGUGCCUUGUCUUCCUAUCUCAAGUCAAGCAAAAGGGUUGCUCUGUCUCUGAUAUCUGACUUUUCUGUGUCACUGAAUCAAUAACAGUUCAUCAGCAUUUGACUCUUUGAUUGACAUUUCAUCUUCACUCACUGUAUGUACUGUUUUUCCACGGUAAACUCUGCACAAUUUUUCAAAGUGAUUCCAUUUUCCACAUUAGUACACUGUUUGCCUUUAGCUGGGCAAUUCCCCUGUUCGCCAUGCACUUUGUCUCCACAAUAUCCAAUGUUUUGGGGCGUUUGGAGUCUGUGUUCGCUCUUUUUUUGGAGUUUGUCUGUCUCCGUUCUGAAACUGCUCUCGGGCACUGGAGUGUGCUUUGAUGUCGCCUGACUGCGUGCACUGCUUGUUCCCGUGAUGCGCUCGUGCUGCCGCCUUUAAAUGGUUUUCAUUGAACCUGUGCUAACUCGUGAGAUCUGGCUAUGUCGAUAGCUUUGUCCAGCGUUAACUCUGAUCCAACAUUCAAAAGUUUCUCUCUCACUCGCGGUGAGUGUAUUCCAAAUCAAUACGGUCCCUGACCAUCUCAUCUUGUUUGCAUAAUCACAGUCUUUCACAAGCAGACGCAGCUCAGUGACAAACUGUUCAAACGAUUCGCUAGCGCCUUGUACUUUCUCAUGGAAUUGUACCUAGCGAAAUUGUAUUGGUCUUGGCCACAAACAUAUGCUUCAAAACGAUCGUAGUAUGUUUUCAGUACCUUUGAUUCAGCCUCGGUAAGUGUCCAUGUGUUGUAAAUUUCUCUCCCUUUUCACCGAUCCAGAGGAGCAGGUAAGCUGCACUUUUCCUCUUCUCCUCUUUUCCUUUUAGAGGACCCGUGAACAUCAGCUCCACAUCUGUUUGAACUUAGCCCUGCAUCGGGUAGAUUUGUAGACCCCCAAUCCAUUCGAGGGGAAGGGAAAUCCAGCAAAAUCCAAUUUUAGUCCUUUUAUCUGACACCAUGUCUGGUUUGUAUGCUUUGGUACAAAAUAAAAAAUGCAGGACGAAGGAUAUUUAUAAACGAGCUUUUUUAUUAACUAGCUAUAAAAUGGCAUGUCCAUGUUUCCUGGCCAUGAUCGUCUUUAGAAUGACCUCACCACCUGUGUGGUCUUAACCAAUCAUAGCACAGUAUGAUAUGACAGUUUUAAUGCAUCCAAUUACAAUUCAGUAUGCUGACACAUAUGAAUAUUAAAAUUACCCGACACACUAAAGCUCUGAAACCUAAGCUAACACACCUAAAAGACUGGUCCAUAUGUUGAAAUAUUAACAGUAAGACCAUUGUAUUCCAUUGAGUUCAAAAAUACCAUUGUGUUCCGUUCUCCCCACCAUAGAGUUCACUCUGCUGAUCAUUGAUGAGUGCCACCACACUCAUAAGGACGGUGUCUACAAUAAGAUCAUGGGCACUACGUGGCGCAGAAGCUGAAGGGGAGAGCCGGCUGCCACAGAUCCUGGGCCUCACUGCCUCUCUGGGACAGGGGGAGCCAAGAGCAUCAAAGGAGCUGUGGGGCAUGUGCUGCAGGUCAGUUUCUCUCUCUCUCUGGUGGUCUUCACAUGCUAUUUCUUCAGCUCCAAACUGUUCAUCCUGAUAAAACCUAAUAAGGAGCCUCAUCUACCCUUUACGUUUACCCUGUUACUUUUAGCUAAUUUCAUUAUUUUAUCGCCUUCAGAUUUGUUGCCACCUGGACUCAGUGAUUGUGUCGUCUAAAGUGUAUGCCCCUGAGCUGAAAGAAAAGGUCACCCAGACCCAGGAAAAUGGUUUGACAUCGUUGACAGAAGACCUCAGGUGAGUUCAGUUCAGUUCUAUAAACAUAUAGCCUUUGAACUUGAGAGCUGUAUUGGUUUGAAUUCAACAAACUCCUGUUGAUUGUCUCAGGACCCAUUUGGGGAUCACCUGAAGUUCAUGAUGCAGUUGAUCCAUGACUUCAUGCCUUAGAGGGCCCUGACUUCCGUCAGGGAGUUUGGCACGCAGGAGUACGAGGCCGACGUGUGAUCUGGAGAAGAAGGGUACAUCAUCCUCUAUAAUAUGAAUUAAUACCACAUUACAGAAGCUAAGCAUAGGAAUUAUGUUUCAUGCACCAAAUCACACAAGAGGAACCUUCCUCAGUCAAUGCCAUAGUUUUGAAUACCGUAUUAAAACCUAUUUUGCAUGUGUGUUUCGUGGUGUAGGUGUGACGACAGGAAACAAAAAAAAAAAAAAACAGACUGCUGUGCCCAGUGUGCUCUCCACCUGGUCCGUACAAUGAUGCCCUGCUCAUCAACGACACAGUGCGCAUGGUGGAUGCCUUUAGGGUCCUAGAGGCCUACUAUAGCACCAAGAGUUCCACUGCCAUGGAUGGAACCGACUUCUUCCUGCUUUGGAACUCUACCAGGGUGAGACCAGCAAUUCCCUUGGAACAAUCUCUCCCACUUUCUCACAUACUGUAUGCGUGUGAAUUCUUGGGAAAUAUAAGAGUAUAGGAAGUUCAACUUCUGAGCAAUGAUAGUCGUGUCCUGAUCCUCAACAGAGAAACGAGGUGGAGCUGAGGAGAAACUGGCAGGCGAUGACCGGUUUGAAAACCCUAAGAUGGGGGAGAGCUUCAGAGCACCCUGCGGAGCAGUUUGACCCAGGGUGAGCACUCCAGAGGCAUCCUCUUCUCCAAGACCCGUAAAAGCACCCACUGCUUGUAUGACUGGGGGUCCAAGAACCCAGCCUGCAGCGCGCUGGUAUCAGGGCAGCCAUUCUGACCGGCGCUGGCAACGGCAUCAAUAACAUGACCCAGGUAACCUGACAUUAACACAGUCAGAACUUUUGGAGGUAUAGAAAGGUGGGUUGGAACGUUGCCAAUGCCUGUGUCAUACCAAACAACUGACCUCUGGUUUGUGUGUUUUCUGUGGGUGGUGCUUGUAGAAUGAGCAGAAGGACACAAUCAGCCACCUCGCGCCAGGGCUCCCUCAACCUCCUGAUCUCCACCAGCGUAGCCGAGGAGGGCCUGGACAUCCCAGAAUGCAACCUUGUGGUGCGCUAUGGGCUGCUGACCAAUGAGAAUCGCACAACAGCAAGCCAGUGGCCGGGCUCGGGCAAGUGACAGCGUUUACUCUGUGGUGGCCCAGGCAGGGGGGCGGGAGGUUGCGUCGGGAACAUCUCAAUGAAUUGUCUGGAGGAAUUGACUGGCAGGGCCAUCAGCGAAGUGCAGAGGAUGGAGCCCAGGGAGUUCCAAAUGAAGGUAAGGCUAUUCCUCAUGGUGGUGAGGCUGGUAUUUUUCUCUAUGUUCUACCCCUUUUUCCCAGUAUAUGUCUUUUGAACCCGGCACCCAAAUAUUUUGUUACUAUAAACUUUUGAGUUGAGCAUGCCAAUUCCUCAUUCUCUAAUCUCUUUUCACUAGAUCUUUUCUCUCUCUGUCUCCACUAUUAGAAUCACUGAGCUCCAGACAGAAGCGUUGUUGACCAGACAGUUGAAAGAACAGUUGAAGAUCAAGAAGAGGGUUGUUUCAGUGCUGCUAGCAUUCAGCUUCUCGUGUCGAGGCUGUUUUUGUGCUCGUGGCCUUCGGCAAUGACAUUAAAGUCAUUGAAAACGCACACCAUGUCAACAUCAACCCUGACUUUGAGUAAGUUGUGGUUUCUCUAAUGUCGUCCUGAUACUGUCACUGUCACAUAUUGGAAGUGUUUUUUGCAUCAGUGUGUUUGUGUGUGAGUGAGUUAACCUGUGCAUGUGUGUGUGUUUUUCAGGAGGUACUAUAAAACCAAUGGGCAGACACUUCUGAAGACUUUUGAGGACUGGGAGCCAGGCCGUUGUGAUCAGCUGUUGCUGCCUGUGGCCAAGGUGAGGUUGGCCAUUAAUGUCUAGCUUUUAUCUUAGGCCGAGGCUGCGGAUCCGUAUGCAGAUAUUUUGCCUAGUGGCGCGCUGUUGAGUUGUAGCCACAUGAGAGAAAAAAUGUGACCAUCCUAAAACCUGAGGGGGUGUUUUUAUGUCUUACAGUAACGUUAUACUAUGCUAUUAUACUGUGCGUACAAAAUAUUAUGAACACCGGCUCUUUCCAUGACAUAGACUGACCAGGUGAUGAAAGUUACGAUCCCUUAUUGAUGUCACUUGUUAAAUCCACUUCAAUCAGUUGUAGCGGAAAGGUAGGAGACAGGUUAAAGAGGAUUUUUAAGCCUUGAGACAAUUGAGGACAUGGUGUGUGUGUGUGCCAUUCAGAGGGGAAUGGGCAAGACAAAAAUAUUUAAGUGCUUUUGAACGGGGUAUGGUAGUAGGUGACAGGCACACUGGUUAGAGGACCAUGCGCCGACGAAUUGAGGCUGUUUUGAGGGCCAAAAGGGGGUGUAACUCAAUAGUAUGAAGGUGUUCCUAAUGUUGUGUACGCUCAGUGUAAUAUUCAGUUCUGUUAUGUACAAUACUAUCAUUAUGUGAUCUUGCAGAAAUUGAUUCAGCUUUGAUCUCACUUUAUAAACGAGCACCAUUCGCCAGAGUAGCCUAUUCUCUAGGAGUAGAGCAGAGACUGUGCGAAAGUACAGAAUCUUGCACAUGCGCAGAAACUUUGGGACCUUUACACCCCAGGAAGAAAGGUCCAGUAGAAUUUGGAUCCACAGCCAUUCUGUUUAUCUUAUGCUACUAGGACUAUUCUAUUGUCUUUUAACAUGCUUAUAUAUGGAAAUCUACAUCAGUAUAUUUGUUUAUAUAUUUAUAUCUGAACAGCAAUGGGGAAUGGAAAUGGUAUAUAAGGAGAUUGCCCUGCUGCCCAUUCUGGCCAUCAAGAACUUUGCCAUGGAGACUCCAGAGGGAAGAAAACUAGCCAAGAAUUGGAAGGACGUUGAGUUUACAGUGGAGGAGUUUAACUUCACCACAUACUGUAAUAACAAGUUCCCUGGCAGGUUCGAUUGAUACACUAUUACACUGGAAGAAGGACUACAACUGGUGUUUUCAUGGUUUUCACCUUUCUCUUCCUUUCUCUCUCUGUCUCUCAGUCUGUGUUGCUUAGUCUAGGCUACUUUUGUGUUCCUUAUGCAUGAUCCUGAAGUGUGUCGUAGUCCUAUGACGGGGGGAGAGAUUGCUGUGCCUUGGGUAUGGUUGGUCCGGUAAAUCAGGUCUGGCCGCCACACUGCUAUAGGCGGUGUGACGCGGCAGUGUGCUAAAGCAUGUUACACAAUGUUCAGGGUUAGAAUUAGCGCGACAGCUUUGUUUAUGCCCAAGGUCCUCUCUCCCUCCCUCUCUCACCAGAGACGUGUGGGUUUCUUCUGCUCCAUCGCAGCCAAGCACGCAAAAACAUAUGAACUUAGCAGCCCUGUUCUAAGAUGAACUCAAAUUAUCAGUUUUUCUAUUUUUAGCAAAGUACUAUCAGCAUCGUCCAUAUUUUGUCAUGAAUUUGAUUUAGUGUGAAUCUGUACUGUCUUUGUUUUAGCUUGAACCUGAAACGUAUGCCCCCCCCCCCCCCGAUACUGGCCUGAUACUUGCUGCUACUUGAUCAUGUAUGAAAACAUUCAAAUUGGGAUUUCAAAAUAUUUUUAUUAUACAGACAUACUAUUUUAAUGUGUUCAGAACUGUGUGCCUUUCCUUGCCUAAAACAAAUUAAAUUGUUGUACUGUAAUUACUUUUUUAUUCUUGAUAAAUAAUUUGACAUUAUUUGUCUGCACGUG